UCUAAUUACUCUCCUCAUCUGUCAAACCCUAACCCGCCUGAACCGAGAAGGCGGCAGAGACAGUCUCAUCCCGACGCCUGAUGACGGACCACAACAACAAGCGCCGGCGUGAACAGGAAGGCAGGCUGGAGGACCGCCUCACUUCCCUCCACGACGACCUCCUUAUCUCCAUCCUCUCCUUCCUCUCCAUCAAGCAGCGCGUCGCCCUCUUCGCUGUCUGUGCCCGCUUUCGCCUCCUCCUCCCCUCCAUCCCCCGACUCGACGCUUUCCGCCUCGACGUCAGGCUCCCUUCCGGCGGCGUCGACGUCCACCAAGAGCUCACCUUCCCCCGUGCUCUAAUCCGCCAAUGCCACGUCGUCUUCCGGGACGAAGACGACGAAGACGACGACGCCUUAUGGUCCUAUUUACCCAAGCCCCUCGAGCAGCUACUCGUCGACGAUCUCUCCAAGGCGGGCGUGCAAGACCUCAUCCUCAAAACCUCCGCAGACAAGGGAUGGUUGGAUUUUGACGGCAGGGAUUGCGGCUUGUUCGGCAUCAAGUCGCUGAGGAGCCUCUCCUUGGACAGAAUCCGGGUGUCGCAAUACUUCGAUCGCCGCCCCCUCUCGCCCUUGGGCUGCGCCCUCCUCACCUCCCUCAAAAUGGAAUUUUGCAUCCUUUGCUAUGAUUUCCUACGCAACCUCUUCGACUCCUGCCCCUUCCUCGAAACUCUGCAACUCAUCUGUUUCAGUUGUAUCAAGCACAGACUAAGCAUCCACUCCGCCUCCAUCAAGAAUAUAGUCCUUCUCAAGUCGCUCGCCAGCGUCAACGCCAUCGACAUCCACUGCCCAAAGCUCGAGUCGCUCAAGGUGGAGGUCGUCAACGAGCUGCGCAUUGAAGCGCCCAAGGUCCGGAACGCAUCAUUCCUUCUUGCCCUUCAUCCGCCUGCAGAUCCUCCAGUUGCGUUGAUGAAUUUUCUCGGAACUGCAUUUCGAAAGCGAAACGCUUGGCUCAUGCUGAAUUCUAGCAAAACCCCAAGCGUGUUAGCAGAAGAAAUCGAAAACGAUGAAUUUAUUUAUCCGGACUACAAAGAGAACGCCAUGAUCUUCAACCUCGAUUUCAAUCUGCAAAAUCGAUCGUCAACUAUGAUAUUGACCCAAUUCCUCAAGAAGUGCAAUGACUCUAAUACUAGAUUUAAUAUACUGACAGAUUCUACGCAUAUAGAGAGCACCAAUGAAGACGAUUGUUUGCUCCAUGGCUCUACAGAAGUAGAACUCAUUGAUUUACAAAUGAGAAUGCCCAAAAGGACAUUUGAAGGGUUUCUCUUAAAUCAGAAGGAGAUGACAGAGGAAUUAAAGGAAAUGGGAUUGCAAAUGCUGAGAAGUCGCAUCAAUACGGAUCAGUUCAAGGAUAUAUUAGCAUCUGAGGAGUCUCUGUUUCAAGUAUCUUCUAGCAUUGCAAAUUGCAUUGAAAUGAAAUUUUAGUGAUUGUUUUUUCUCUUCGUUCAGUAUAAAUAACUUGUAAUUUACACGAAUGUGUGCGCCCUUAAUUAAAUAAUCUAACUAGUAAAUUCUUCAAGUGUUGGGUUUGAGUCAUCUUUUUAAUUCCAUUAAGUUAUAAAUUUUAAUGUAAAUGUUAUUAAUGAUUUUGUUAGCAAGUUGAUGAGUUGAUGAGU